CGAAAAAGGGAAGUUGCCUGUUUCUGAAGUUUACAGAGCAUGAAUUUUUUUGAGGAGAUACCAAAUCCGUUAUUAAGUUAUGAGUGGAAUAUUGAAGUUAAUACAACGGAGUGGUCUUAUUAAGAACCCCGUUGCGUGGUAGUUUGCAGAGUUGCUCUGGGAAGUUGGCAGCAAUCCGCUCUUUCGAGUAGCUAUUAGAACAAAGCACUUCAUCUCGCUUCAUCACGCUGUAAAUUUUGACCAACGUUACCACUUCUGAAAACCAUGGCAACGAGAGGUCACUCUUCUGGCUCCUCAAUGAGUAACCACACAAAAGAGAGAGUGACCAUGGCCAAGGUGACCCUGGAAAACUUCUACAGUAACCUGAUUGCCCAGCAUGAGGAGAGGGAAAUGAGGCAGCAGAAGCUGGAGAAGGUCAUGGAUGAAGAGGGGCUGCCUGAAGAGGAGAAGCGUAUGAGGCGUUCUGAGCAUGCCCGGAAGGAGACAGAGUUCUUGCGGCUCAAGAGGACAAGAUUGGGUUUGGAUGACUUUGAAUCCCUCAAAGUGAUUGGACGAGGUGCUUUUGGAGAGGUGCGCCUGGUUCAAAAGAAGGACACAGGUCAUGUGUAUGCUAUGAAAAUCCUCCGUAAAGCAGACAUGCUGGAAAAGGAACAGGUUGGCCAUAUCCGAGCGGAGAGGGAUAUACUGGUGCAGGCUGACAGUCUGUGGGUGGUCAAGAUGUUUUAUAGCUUCCAGGACAAGCUGAACCUCUACCUUCUAAUGGAGUUUCUGCCAGGGGGGGACAUGAUGACACUGCUGAUGAAAAAGGACACCCUGACGGAGGAGGAGACGCAGUUCUACGUGGCGGAGACCGUGCUGGCCAUCGACUCCAUCCACCAGCUGGGCUUCAUCCACAGGGACAUCAAACCAGACAACCUGCUGCUGGACUCAAAGGGCCACGUCAAGCUGUCAGACUUUGGUCUAUGCACAGGACUCAAGAAGGCCCAUCGCACAGAAUUCUACAGGAAUCUCAACCAUAGUCUGUCCAACGACUUCACUUCUCAGAACAUGAACUCCAAGAGGAAGGCUGAGACCUGGAAGAGGAAUCGUCGGCAGCUGGCUUUCUCCACAGUGGGCACCCCCGACUACAUCGCUCCUGAGGUCUUCAUGCAGACAGGCUACAACAAGCUCUGUGAUUGGUGGAGCCUCGGAGUCAUCAUGUACGAGAUGCUCAUUGGCUAUCCUCCGUUCUGCUCAGAGACGCCGCAGGAGACCUACAAGAAGGUGAUGAACUGGAAGGAGACGCUGGUGUUCCCUCCUGAGGUGCCCAUCUCCGAGAGGGCCAAGGCCCUCAUUCUCAGAUUCUGCUGUGAAUGGGAACAUCGCAUUGGUGCUUCUGGUGUGGAAGAGAUUAAGAGGAACCCUUUCUUUGAGGGUGUGGAUUAUGACCACAUCAGGGAGAGGCCAGCUGCCAUUCCAAUUGAGAUCAAGAGCAUUGAUGACACAUCCAACUUUGACGAAUUCCCAGAGUCUGACAUUCUGCAACCCGCAGCUCCUGUUGUUGCAAGCAACCACUGUGAGGCAGACUACAAGAACAAGGACUGGGUCUUCAUCAACUACACCUACAAGCGCUUUGAAGGCCUCACCGCCCGUGGAGCCAUCCCCUCGUACAUGAGGGGAGGGAAGAGAUAAAGGAAGUACAUCCUCUCCUUUUCUCCAUGGACCAUUCCUGCCCUGGAUCCUUUCCUUCUUCUUCGGUUAUCCCAUCUCUAACUCCACCCAUAGCUUGUCAACACUCCUCUCUCACGCUCCUUCAGUCCGCCCUGUGGAUUAUGCUUACGGAUGCCUUGACCAGUUGUGCUGUGGCUGAAGUUUGGGGAUGUAUGGAUUCAAUUGAUUCAUUUGUGUGAGUGUUACACGCAUAGCGCGCAUGGCGGUCUCUCACUCAGUCUGUCCACUUUCCUCGAAGCCUUAGGACCAAUGGGGCUGCAUGGAGAACACAACAAUGAACAAUGGCUGGCACUGUCUGCCACAACUGUUUAGCUUCUCUCCUCCUGCCUUGGGGGGGUUGUAAGAGUUUCCAUUUGCACUGUGUGUCCCAAAUGGUCUCCUUACAUUACUGCGUUUGUGUGCGUGCUGAAUCUCCACGUGUGCCCUCACCUCCCUUAUUGCCACUAUGUGACUGACUGCUCAAAAGGGUGCUGCUUAUGCCUGUGUGUGUGUGUGUGUAGAGGCUCUUGUUGUGAACUGGUUGCUGCACUGAACUGUACUCCACCCUGACGAGGCUGGUUUCGGAGCCCCACCACAGGAAACCACAGACAGACCUGGCAGAGAACAAGCUCCACUCAUAAUCCUGCUCUUCUGCUGCUGUUGCUCGUGCAGUUUUAAAAAAAGAUUUUUUAUCCGGGCUGAUGAGAUCACCCGCGAAUGCCAAAAAUGGAAAGAACCACCCCCUUUUUCCAGGAAUAAUUUGUAUAUGCCUUGUGGAGUCACACAGUGCGAGACUAGUGAAUCAAGUAUGCCUUUAUCUAUUACUUUCGUUUGUUUUGGUACUACCAUGAGGUAGUAUUAGUAAUUGUUCUUUCUACUUGUGAAAUAUUUCUUUAAGCUGAAGCGACGCGACUUUUUUGAUCAUUGCUGGAUUGUACCCAAAGAACAGUUAUUGCUGUAGUUCUAUAUUUUUAUAUUAUCAUGAUGGUAGUUUGAUAGUUUGACUGGUUGACAAUUCAUAGCUGAUGCAGAUCUUUUGAUAAAAAUAAUAUAUAUUUUUGAAUCAAACUUUUUUUUCUUAUACUGUAUGCCUUUUAACUGUUAUACUGUCAUGUCCUGUCUUGCCAAAGAGACCCCUUUGCUUUACUUAUGCAGAAUUUAUAAGGGCCUCUCUGGUUAUUCCUCUUUUAUAUGAUUUUGUCAGUCAUUUAAUUUGUUAUUGUUUUUUAAAGAUGGGAGGGGAACUACAUUUCUACUUGUGAAAUUAAUUAACACUAUUCAGGACGAAACAUCAGGGAAAUAUGGAGAACGUAUUUAAGGGGAUUCAUAUAUUCUCAAACUAGUUCUGUGUUGGAUUCUUGACCUUUCCUGAAGUUUUUGACUUCACCUUACCGUUUUAAAAGGCACUUUCAACAUUUUGUAGCUGAAGUAUUUAUGAACAUUAUACAAUAUUAUCUGUGCUUUGUGUAUCUCUUUUUGCUUAUUACAUGGACAGCUGAAUGAUAUUGGGUUAUGUGGUCCAUGGGGAUGUCGUCCUUUCACUUGACUAUGGCAUUUAGUUAUCCAUAGCCUCUUUCUUCCCUUUACAGAAGCACCACUAGGUGGAGCGGUACUUGUCACAGGUAGCAGGUACAGUAGACUUUCUGUGAUCAUCUUUGUGGCCCACUCAUCAUCUUUGUAAAUUCUUUCACAGAAUGAUGUGAAUUUUGUGUUAUUUCUUAGGUUCUAGAUUUGAAAGCACUUCAGAUGAAAAAGUGAUGGCAUUUUGUAUCUGUGUUUUUUUAGGCACACUGUAUUUAUAUUUUGAUAUGUGGAAUAUUAUUAACAGUGUUCUGCUUUCACACAAUAAUUUCAUCUCUGUGUUUGUGUAUGGGGUGUGACAUUUCUCUGACCUUCUCAUGGAAGGUCAUGGGUUUAAGAGCUCAUUUUGAUUCCCAGCCAACUGGACCUUUGUCUUUAGCUAUGGCCUCUAGUUCAUAAGAAUUGGGAUUCCUUUUUGCCAUCUAUUACCUUCUAAGGGCCUAAUCACACCGCAAGCAUGGUGUGUGUAUUCAGUCUGUGUUCCGUGGCUGCUGUGUCGCAUUUUAUAUGUGCAUUCAUACAGAAACGUCUCUGAUGCACCGCUGCUGCGGCCAGUCUGCCUAUUAAAACAUCUCUUCCCUGUCUCUUUUGAAUGGAAAAGCUUCCAACACGCUUGAGUGUCGCGUGAAAAAUAGGCACCGGUCCUAUUUCUAGCAUGCACACGUUUUCACCUGAGACGUUCAUGUCACGCAGGCAGAGGUAACACAGCUGACACGCAGUCGCCACGCUUGUGGUCUGAAUAGGCCCUAAGUGAAACAGUUUUGAAACAGUUUGGUUACAUCAUUUAAGCAUUCCGAACGUGUGUGUAUAUGUGUAUGAUAUGGAUUGACCUGAGGCUGGUAGCCGAAAUACUUUUACCUUUGUGUGCACAAGCUAUAUACCAAAAGCAUCUUAACAGUGUUUUGCUAGAUUGAGUUUGCAUGCUUUAUGAAUGGUUGGGUAGGUUUCAAAGUGUGAAGUGUUUAUGUCUGUACAUUUCUAAGCCCUUGAUGGAUCUGGAUAGAUCAAUUCCACGUUGAGCAAUACAUAUUACAGAGUUCAAUAAAACUAUUUUUCACCAUAA